AUGGCUCCGUUUCGUAACUUCCUGAGCAGGAGGUCGGCGGCCCCCAAUGGUGGGGAGAUUGAGAACAUCCACGAAGACAACCGGGUGUCGACAGAGAGCCAUCCCUCCAAUCCGUUGAGUAUCAGAAAAAGCUACGAAAAAGAACCCCCAGAAUAUAAAUUGAGCGUUGUCGACGAUAACGGUGCUUAUCUGCCGCCUUCACCUCCAGAGAAGCAGAGCUUUUGGAAGAAAUAUCCCGGCUCGAACCGAUCGUCAAAUCAUCGAAAUCUCGUUGACGAUAAUGAACCCUUUUCCAUAUCCCGCGAAUCAUUCGAUUCGUACCGGCGGUCAUUUGAUAUUUCCGCUCGCUCCCCAGUGAGCUACACCGACACGAUGCCCUCUCGAACUUCACUAGACUCACGAUUCUCCCGUAUGACAUCGCAGUCCACCUCGCACACGAACGGGUUCUCGAAGCCCGAGGCUAUGGAAGAAGAGAAGUUCGAGGACGUGGGACUUGACGACGAUGAGGCCAAACCCAAAAAGAAAGGCAUCUUCGCUCGAUUUAGCGACUUUUCUGGCGAGUCGCAGACAUCCGGAAACACAAAACCUGCAUCGCAACACCUCGGAUUUCACAUCCCAGGCAGGAAAAAGGGAUCCACCACUCUGGAAUCCGAGUUAGGUACGAUCAGGCCACCUGUGGGUGCAGGAGCCGAGACCGCCUGA